ACUCUACCACAACCAUUGUUUCAUUCUUCAUACUUCUUCUCUCAAUCAUCAUGUCAUUUCGAAAAGGCCCAAGUUUUAGGAUAAUAAUAGUGCAAGAUCAGAAAACAUAUAAGAUUCCAAAGCUUUAUAGGGAGAAAUAUUGGAAAGGAACACCAAACCCAAUAAUCCUAAGACUCCCAAAUGGUUAUGAACAAGAAAUGUCUUGGGUGGAAAGAAAUGGUGAAAUUUUGUUUCAAAAAAAUUGGAAAACUUUUUCAAAGGAUCUGAAUCUCAGUCAUGGAUGUGUUUUAACUUUUAAGUAUAUAGGUGGAUCACAUUUUAAGGUUAAGGUAUUUGGUCCUAAAUGUUUAGAAAUAAACUAUUCAAAUAUAAGAUCUGAAAAUGAAGAUGUUGUUGAAGCUAAGGAAAUUAUUGAAGAAGUGAGUGAUGAAAGUGAAGAUGAGAUUGAAAUACCAAUGCAAGCUCAAAGGAAAAGAAAUGGCAAGAGAAAAUUCCAAGGUAGGAACAGAGGAAAUAUGGUGAAGAAGGUUAAAAAGAACCCAACAAAUGAAGAUGUUAAUGAUGAGAAUCCAUUUUUUGAAGUUGUAAUGACAAACUAUUAUGUCAAAGGAUGUUACCUGUGGAUACAAAGUCAGUUUUCAAGAGAACAGUUGAACAAUUUUAGAGGCAUUGCAACCCUAAGGGUUGGUAAGGACACCCCUAUGGAAGUGAAAAUAAGGUUUGAUGAUAACUAUAAAAAAGCUAUGAUGUGUGCUGGUUGGAAGCUUUUUAGCAAAAAAUAUAAUUUGCAAGUUGAUGAUACUUGUAAGUUUGUGAUGACUCAACGCCGACCACCUUCGUUCAUUGUUAUUAUUAAUCGACCUAGAAAAGGAUCAAGCCCUAAGAAUUUGCAAGGGAUCUCUUGUGAUAAUGAUAUUGCAAAGAGAAGAUACAUUAGAGGAGCUUCGUGGGGCCGUCCAAGAGUAUAUUUUGUUGAGGAUUCAGAAAGUGGUAUUAUGGUGAAACAUUUCAAAUUCAAGAUUUAUGUGAAAGACGAUUACAAUUAUCCUAGUUUACCAAUGGAGUUUAUGAAUAUAGUAGGAUGUGAUAAGAAUGUGAAUGUGGAGUUGAAAAUGGGGAGAAGAUCGUGGUUCGUAAAAGUGAACUAUUUUGAUAGUAUGAAAAGCAGUAGAUUUGGUAAAGGAUGGAGACCAUUUAUUCAAGAAUGCAAUUUAAUUGGGGAAAUUUGUUCCUUUAAUUUAAUUGAUGAGAUCAAUUUGGUAUUUAAUGUUUCAGUUGUAAGAAAAAACCAUUGAGUUGUUUGAUGUGUUGUUCUUUUAUGCUUUGUAUUUUGGUAUACUAGUUUGUAUGAUGUGCUCUUUGUGAGUUUUAUUGUAUGAAAGUUUUUAAGUUCCUUGAU